AUGAAAUUGGCAUAUGGAUACGGCGAAAUCACCAUACUCACAAACUUCGAUGUUCCUGUUCAUGACCAUAAGAUGAAAGACACGGACGAAAAUUUAGAAGAGAUUACCGCUGAAUUAACAAUUCGUCGUUUUAUUGAAGUUUUGCAAGAAGAAGGAUUAUCAGUACCUGUGGCCGCAAAAAGAUGCAUGAUUCCACGCAGUACUGUUUAUCCAUUUCCCUCACAGCACCAUGGAAGCAUCUGA